CCUCUGUUUUGUUUACACGCUUUUGGCGUUGCCAUGCCGUGCGUACGUAUAUUAUCGUGCAGAUGAUUGUCAUUCGCGUUUGAGGAAGCCAGAGGAAUUUUUGAAGUCCUUCCGGUUAGGCAAGUCAUGGACCGGCCCAAACGAACGCCGAAGCCACGCGUGCCGUACACGCCGGCCGCCGAACUGGAGACGGCGGGAGCCGGGACGGGCAUACGGCGUCGGCGCCGGCACCGGUGCUGGGAGUGCGGCGCCGCGCCGCCGGUCGCCCGCCUCAGUCGCACCGUGGACCGCGCCAACCGCUCCGUGCGGCACAGCUGCGCCGACUGCGUGCUCAAGCAGAAGCUGGACAAGUUCUGCCAGCGCGGCCAGGGCGCACGGCCGGCCCCGUCCGCCAAAGAGCGCCGUCUGCUGGAGGCCGAGUUUGACGAAUUCGCCAGCCUAAUGCGCCAGCACCUGGACGACCCGCUGGCCGCCCAGCUCUUCUGCCCCGUCAUCCGCAAGAAGCCGUGCGCCUGCAUACAGCGCUACGUGCUCGGCAACGAGCACGACUCCCACGCGCUUGCCGACUGCCUCCAGCGGGGCCGGGUGCUGUUGGAUCUGAGGAAAAGGGCAGAACAGCUCAGGAAGCUCAAAUUCCUGGACAGAGUAGACGAGGUGUCGGGCGCCUUGCAGCCGGAGCCGGAGCCGGCGGCCGGCGCCCGGCCCGGUCUGGGCGGUGGCCACCGCAAGAACCCGGCCUACGAGCGCCUGGUGCUGCAGCAGCGGCUGCGGCUCAAGGAGGAGCUCUCUCUCUGCGAGACGGCCGCCCAGCGCGUGCUGCUCUACUCCAACUGCUUCCUGCACCGUCGGCUGCGUACUGACCCGCUCAGACAAAAUCGAAUCCAGAAGACAAAUGAGAAGCGACACAAGGUGCUCCUGAAGCCCAUCAGCGAGCUCUCUGCCAUCGCCUGCUGCUCUCAGGGCUGCACCAGAAUGGCCGACACCUAUUCCUCGCUGGUGAGCCGGUGGCGGGGCGAGGCCGGCGGCGGCCAGCGGGCGGCCCGCACCGUGCUCGCACAGAUGCUGACGCCCUGCGCUGCCGGCAAGCGCAACUGCCUCGCCUUCGUGCACCUGGUGACUGGCUGCAGUGACCGGACCAUGAUGUCCGUGCUGGUCCAGCUGGAGGACUCGCGCGGAGACCGGACCCCGCCCGUUCACGGUCUCAAGACCUACUGGGCGCGCAGGAAGGCCCAGAAUGGUCUGACGCCGGCGCUGAGCGGUGGUGACCCGGCCGGCCCUGCCUCUGGGGGGAAGACCCCGCCCGCCGCCUGCAUGUGCUGA